AUGUUCCGAGACACGCUGCACGGCGCGUUCGGCAUGACCGAUGACAUGAUCAUGGACAGAGUGUUCUGCAUUUUUGAUAGAGACAACGAUAACUGCAUCAGUGUGGUGGAAUGGGUGGAAGGCUUAUCAGUAUUUCUUCGGGGAACACUGGAAGAAAGGAUUAAAUAUUGUUUUGAGGUUUAUGACCUGAAUGGUGAUGGAUACAUUUCAAGAGAGGAAAUGUUUCAAAUGCUGAAAAAUAGCCUUGUCAAGCAGCCAUCUGAAGAAGAUCCUGAUGAGGGAAUUAAGGACUUGAUAGACAUCGCACUGAAGAAAAUGGACUAUGACCGUGAUGGCAAGCUUUCUUUUAUGGACUUUGAAAAAGCAGUCAGAGAUGAAAAUCUUCUCUUGGAAGCCUUUGGACCAUGUUUGCCAGACAUAAAGAGCAGUAUGGCAUUUGAACAGAAAACCUUCCAGGAAACUUGGAAACUGUAA